ACCUGUGCCCAACCUGUUUAUCUCUGCUGCUUCACCGCGUCGCCGCUCAACCACGCACAGUUUCUUCUAAAACUUUUGGCAUUUUUCUUCUCGUUUAGGAGCUUAAACGACACACUCUACCGCAGUUUUUGAAUGUUUUCUAACAGCUUUUGUUUGACUUUUUGCCCGCUGACUGUGCGGACUUCGACCUCGGUGAGGCACCUGUCUCAAACAAGGAAGUCUAGGCUGUUGAGUCCUCCGCGGAUGAAGUCGACGGGCCGUUUGUAAAUGGCAGUGAAUGCCCUCUUUGCUUUAUUCUAAAAAAAAAAAAAACACAGGCGUCCUUAUACUCAGUGUUGAUCCUGUAACGUUAGCUUGUGACAACCCUGGACUCUUUGUGGACAGUGUUCAAACGGGAUAAAGCUGCUUCCUGUCUCUCCUGGACAAGCCAUGGAUUCAUCGGCUGACAACAGUUCCAUCGUGCACCUGGCUGCACCAAUUCUCCCAGACAAGUCAGACAUCUCCAACAUGACCAUCAUUCGAACAAGCAACGGGUCCAUCGUGGAUGAGAUGUUUUUGAACACAAUGACCGCUCAGGCCCUCUCAGGGAUAUUCGUGUGGUCUGCCUUGCUCAUCACAUGCCACCAGAUCUAUACACACCUUCGAUCCUACACCGUCCCUAACGAGCAGCGCUACAUCAUCCGCAUCCUGUUUAUUGUGCCAAUUUAUGCCUUUGAUUCUUGGCUCAGCCUCCUCUUCAUCAGCAACGACCAGUAUUAUGUCUAUUUUGAUUCCAUUCGAGACUGCUACGAAGCGUUUGUCAUUUACAAUUUCCUGAGCCUGUCCUUUGAGUAUCUGGGAGGAGAGAGUGCAAUCAUGUCAGAGAUCCGAGGGAAGCCCAUACAGUCAAGUUGUCUCUACGGUACAUGCUGCCUCGUCGGAAUGAGCUACUCCAUCGGCUUUUUAAGAUUCUGCAAACAGGCGACUCUGCAGUUCUGCGUUGUCAAACCCAUCAUGGCAGCCAUCACCAUCAUCCUGCAGGCCUUUGGCAAAUAUCACGAUGGAGAUUUUAAUGUGAACGGAGGAUACCUGUAUAUCACAAUCAUCUACAACUUCUCAGUCAGCCUGGCCCUCUACGCUCUUUUCCUCUUCUUCUUCGCAACAAGUGACCUGCUCAGGCCUUAUGAACCAGUGCUCAAAUUUCUCACAAUUAAAUCCGUCAUCUUCCUAUCCUUCUGGCAAGGAAUGGUCCUCGCCAUCCUGGAGCGCUGCGGUGUCAUUCCCAACGCGCUUUUCAUCGAGGGACACGAGGUCGGCGCCGGCACCGUGGCAGCAGGCUGGCAAAACUUCAUCAUCUGCAUUGAAAUGUUCUUUGCUGCCAUUGCCCUCCGAUACGCCUUCACCUGCACUGUCUACCAGGAGAAGAAGAACGACGUGCCAGAGAACAUCCCCCCAAUGCAGAGCAUCUCCAGUGGUCUGAAGGAAACCAUAAACCCGGGAGACAUGGUACAGGACGCCAUCCACAACUUCUCCCCAGCCUAUCAGCAGUACACCCAGCAAUCCACACAGGAGGUGACCCACCCCAGCGCUAACGGAAAAGUGGCUACGGGCAACAAGGGCUCCCACAAGUCUGACAAAAUCAUGCUGAUUACAUCUGAUGACGAGUUCUAGGCAUAUUUCUAGCGAGAUCCAGGUUUCUGUGCCCCCGCCACCUCCAUCUCUGACCUCCUGGGGAGCCAGCUGUAUUGCAUAUCUCACAGAGCUGGAUGAAACCCAGGUGUUCCACGAUCCCAGUAUUUCUAAAUGGACUGCUGUCUUCUGCCCUACUUUAAAGAUAAUUUAAACCACCAAAGAGGAGGAUGAAAUAUAAUACAGUUAAAAUCAAUAGCCAGAGAACUGAUCUGUCUCCAUCUCGGGAUUAAUAACUGCAUGAAAAUGACAUGUCACCUUCACUGCAUCAGAGUUCGGAGCUGUGCAUUUUCUCUAAAUCGAGCUGCUGCUGCUGCUGGAUGUUCAGCCGAGUCCCUGAUGCUGAUUCUGUCAUUAUGUCCCUGCUUGCUCUCUGGCCAUGUGAAGUGCGCUCCCACUGAUUCAUGUCAGUUUCAAAGAGGAGAUGAUUAAUACGUGACUCCAGGUGGGAAGCAGGGAAGCCGGCGAUGGCUGAGAAUGGCACUUCAUGGACCGUUUCUCGCGUCUCCUCGUUUGAAGUAUUUGCUGAGCAUUCCUCUGCAUGAUUUCCUGACAAAUGGAAGGAUUUGUUCAAAGACACAUUAGUUUUGGAGCAGGCACUUCAAGCUGCAGACUGCGCUUCACAAUCCUUUGUAUCUACCACAGCAGAGACAAAUUGGAUAAACCCGUCUCCUGCAAAGUGGGAGCUAUAUUAUUCACAUUAAUUUUCUCACUGUGCAAAAGAGUGUAAUUCAGUGCAACGAGACAGCUGUUUAACAGAUGCUAACAGUUCUCUUUUUUGCAGCUUCUGCACUAUUGUAAAUGCUUUUGACAGAGAUUUAUGUGAUUGAGAAGUUCACACCACUAUUCAAAAUAUAAGUCCGCGUUCCUCGGAUUAUGAUGUACAAAAUUUGAUUAGUGUAAAUUGUGAUGUUUAAUAUGUUUGUUUGGAAGAUGACAGGAAAAGAUCCUAAUGUAUUUAUUGUGUGUAGUUCAGGCGUAGUUCGAUGAAACAGAAAUGUGGGCAAAGAGAAGAGAAACACAAUGAAAUCUUUAUGCUUUUAAGAGAAUUUUUGAUACUUUCUCUUCUCUUUUCUUCACUAGAAAUGUUAUCAAUCUGUGUCAAUGCAAGACAUGUGACUUUUUAAACAGAUUAGUUAUUUGAGACCAAUUUUUUGUAUAUCAAGUCCUAGUUUUAUAUUCUCUUGUGCCAAUAAAAGCUGUCUGGGAAAGCAGAAAUGAUUUUACAGCUAGGUACAAAAUGACUUAAAAUAGUAUCAUCUUUGUCUUGUUUGGCACUAAUGCAAAAUAAAGUAAUUGUUUUUGCCUCUGUAACUUGCA